GUGGACAGACCAAACAUAUAAGAAGGAAACCAGAGAUCUGGUGCUAUUACGUCCCAGCGUCUGAGAGAACAAGUAAGCACAGAAUUCAAAGCAUUCUGUAGCCUGGAUUUUUAAGGAGCACAUUUAGGCACUAAGCAAGCUGAUUUAUGAUAACUGCUUUAAACUUCAACAACCAAAGGCAUAAGCAUUAGGAGCUGCUGACAUCUCAAUAUGAAGGGCAACUUCACCCUUGCCACCACUGGAAAAAAUAUUACCAGCAGUCUUUACUUCGGGCUUGUGAACAUCUCUGGCAACAAUGAGUCUACCUUGAACUGUUCACAUAAACCAUCAGAUAAGCAUUUAGAUGCAAUUCCUAUUCUCUACUACAUUAUAUUUGUAAUUGGAUUUCUGGUCAAUACUGUUGUGGUUACACUGUUUUGUUGUCAAAAAGGUCCGAAAAAGGUUUCUAGCAUUUAUAUCUUCAACCUUGCUGUGGCUGACUUACUCCUUUUGUCUACUCUUCCUCUCUGGGCAACCUAUUAUUCUUAUAGAUAUGACUGGCUCUUCGGACCUGUGAUGUGCAAAGUUUUUGGUUCUUUUCUUACCCUGAACAUGUUUGCAAGCAUUUUUUUUAUCACCUGUAUGAGUGUUGACAGGUACCAAUCUGUCAUCUACCCCUUUCUGUCUCAAAGAAGAAAUCCCUGGCAAGCAUCUUAUAUAGUUCCCCUUGUUUGGUGUUUGGCCUGUUUGUCCUCAUUGCCAACAUUUUAUUUCCGAGAUGUCAGAACCAUUGAAUACUUAGGAGUGAAUGCUUGUAUUAUGGCUUUCCCACCUGAGAAAUAUGCCCAAUGGUCAGCUGGGAUUGCCUUAAUGAAAAAUGUCCUUGGUUUUAUUAUCCCUUUAAUAUUCAUAGCAACAUGCUAUUUUGGAAUCAGAAAACACUUACUGAAGACGAAUAGCUAUGGGAAGAACAGGAUAACCCGUGACCAAGUCCUGAAGAUGGCAGCUGCUGUUGUUCUGGCCUUCAUCAUUUGCUGGCUUCCCUUCCAUGUUCUGACCUUCCUGGAUGCUCUGGCCUGGAUGGAUGUCAUUAAUAGCUGUGAAGUUAUAGCAGUCAUUGACCUGGCACUUCCUUUUGCCAUCCUCCUGGGAUUCACCAACAGCUGCGUUAAUCCAUUUCUCUAUUGUUUUGUUGGAAACCGGUUCCAACAGAAGCUCCGCAGUGUGUUUAGGGUUCCAAUUACUUGGCUCCAAGAGAAGAGAGAUAGCAUGUCUUGCUGGAAAAGCAGUUCUCUUAGAGAAAUGGAGACCUUUGUGUCUUAAAUCUGAGAGCAGAAUGCAUGUAAUCAACAUGGCUACUUGCUUUGAGGCCCACCAGAAUUAUUUUUAAAUGGUUUUAAUAAAAUAAAAUUUCCUUUAAUCUAAUGUUUUCUCAAUCUUCUCAAACCAAAUGUAACUGUUUUAUCAUCCAGUGACUUUCAGGAAUUGUCCAUUGUUUUUCUGGUAUGUUUGUGCAAGAUUGUCGUUGGUGAGACAUAGUCACAACCUAGAAGUAAAUGGUGAUAUAUCUCAAAUUGUAAUUAAUAGUAGAUUGUGACUGAUUAUUUGGGGUUUCAGAUUUCUCUUUGAAACAUGCUUGUGUUUCAUAGUAGGAUUUUAUAUUCAUUUUAAUCAGAUUUUCCUCUUGAACCAGGACCAGUCUUUCAACUCAUUGCAUCAUUUACAUUGUAAGAGAGAUGAGCACUUCUAAGUUGAGUAUAAUAGAUUAGUACUAGAUUAUUCAGGCUUUAGGUAUAUGCUUCUUACUUUUAAAAAGCUGUAAAUUAUAUUCCUCUUGCAUUUCACUUGAGUGUAGGUUUAGAUUAAAUCUAUAACUUCAUAUUGAGUAGGUCUAGGAAUAUAGAUUAAAUCAUACUCCUACAUUUUAGCUUAUUUUUACAGUUAUAGAAAGUAAAAUGUACUGUAACAUAGAAUUGCAAUCAAUAAUAUUUGUAUGUUCACUAAAUUCUGAAUAAGCACUUGUUAAAAAACUUUGUAUUCCUUUUAAUAAUUGUUUAAAGGGUUCUAUUUUCUCUGAUGAUUUUUUGAAAUCAAUAACUAAACAGUGUGUAUUGUUAUAAAAUGUAAAGGUCACUUUUUACAUCAUUGACCUUCUAGAUGAUGUGGUGUUUUGAUAUAUAGGGCAUUGAUUUGAUUUUUAUUAUUAAUGCUUUAGUUCUGGGUUGUUUCUCAAAAUAUCUGGGUGGCUUUUUUUUAACUCUUUAAUUUGCAAUAAACCCUUAACUAGCAUAGAAAAUGGUAUCCAGAAUGGAAUUUUGCUACCUGGGGUCUGGGUGGUGGCAAAGAGACCCACUCAAUUACACGUUUGUUACCAAGCAAGGAACCUGUCAGGGCAGUGCAAUGUGACUUUGAAAAUAUAUACGUGGGGGUAGUUUUAACCUAAUCUAUAAAUACUGUUUGUUCCAGAACCUGUAUGAUUCUGUGGAGCUAUUUUAAAUCGAUUGCAGGUCUAGAUAUCUCCUUCUCAAUGCUAUUAAAGCUCCUACAUUAGAGGAAUGCCUGAAACUGAGUCACCUAAAUUUUACUUAAAGUAUGAAUAUUAAUUUUAAAAGUUUGACACUUCAUUCUGUAUCAGCCCUGUAUAAUAACAGAUUACUUAGUAUCUUCCUCUGAGGUAGGUCUAAAUACUGAUAUCUGAGGUAGAACUAGUGUUUUAGGGGCUCAGCAUCUCUGCCAGGCUCCAGGGUUAUAGACAGAAGAAUCCUCUCAUACUACUUUCUGGAAAAGUCCUAAUUUCAUGUAAUCAUUGUAUUUUCAAUGAAAAAAACAGUUAAAUGUAUAACCAACUAUGAUGUCAUGUUUUAAACAAUUUUGUAAAACAUCUCAUAUAAAUAAAAUUUGUAAUUG